GGCAAGGGGCAGGGCCUGGCUGGGCGAGCCCCAGCUCUGCCCGGGAUAGCCGGGGCCGCCCGGUGCCCUGGAGAAGCCGGAGCCACCGAGGCUGAAGGCAGCGGGGCUGAGGGGACGCGGGUGGGUGUCUGUGUCCGUGUGUCUGUCCCCGGGCGCUCAGCCGGUGUCACGCCCUGGCAGAACGUUCUGGCUGGAGCACUCUUCGGGCCGUGGACGGGGCUGGUGCUGUGCUCGGCCCUGACCUCUGUGGGAGCGACGCUCUGCUACCUGCUCUCCGGCACCUUCGGGAAGCAGUUCGUCGUCUACUACUUCCCUGACAAAGUGGCUCUGCUGCAAAGAAAGGUAGAAGAGAACAGGAGCUGCUUAUUUUUCUUCCUGUUGUUCCUGAGGCUGUUCCCCAUGACACCAAACUGGUUUCUGAAUCUCUCAGCUCCCAUUUUAAACAUCCCCGUGUCCCAGUUCUUCUUGUCUGUUCUCAUCGGUCUCACACCAUAUAAUUUCAUCUGUGUGCAGACAGGAGCCAUUCUGUCACAAAUCACCUCUCUGGAUGCCAUUUUCUCCUGGGACACGCUGCUCAAACUGCUUGCGAUGGCUGUGGCAGCAUUGAUACCGGGGGCCCUCAUCAAGAAAUACAGCCAGAAGCACUUGAAGCUGGAUGAAGACAAGUGUGCUCGGUUCCUGAAUGGCAAAAAGAGCUUGUGAGAGCUCAAGUGCCCCAGACUUUGGGGAACUGCUGUGCAAGAGCUGCAGGCUUCUGCUCCUGCGGGUUAUAUUCUGCAUGCUCUGUGCCACCCUGGACCAAAGACAACUGCAGUUUUUAAUCGUUCUCCUCGUCUAAGAGGAAAGGUGUAAGGCUCUUUAUUUUUUUAAUGAAUGUUUAACUGUGUGUGUGUCUGCAUGGCGAGCGCUAUACAAGGGCUUUGUGAACACUUCAGUUAACGUGCUUGUUUCCUUUAAGUCAGCCUGGCUCCCUG